AUGGUGCGUCCACUGCGAGCGGGACAGACCUCUCUACCUCCGGCGCAGGCCUACAGAUGAGCACGGACACCGCUGCCUUUUCCUCAGGACUGUAUGCGGGGAAAAAAUGAGUCUUGAUGGAGACACAUUAUCAGUGAUCGAGAACCCGGCGGCUGUCAGUCAUCCUUUUCACUCGGAGAAAACCGCAGGAGUCGCAGGGACCAAAAGAGUGCAGGGCUGGUUAAAAGGGAUUCAUUCUACGACUCACGGUAAGACUCACAGGCUGGUGAGGCUGCUGGCAGCGCUGUGUGCAGUUGGGCUCCUGGGAGGUUUAGCUGUAGGUGUCUGGUUUCUAGUCAAACUCCUGCUGAGGCCUUCCUCCUCCCAAAGUGCAGUGGGACUCGGGGACACAAAGGAGACGCCAUUCUGCAACGUGACAGAGGACAUUUCCAUCUCCGACCCCAGGAAAGUGUUUUACAGAAUCAGCCCGGAGAACUCCCUCCUGGAGAUCCAGCUGGGGAAGCUGCCCACCUGGCUGCCCGUGUGUUACGAGAGGUGGAACUCUUCGCUGGGAACGCUGGUCUGCAGACAGCUGGGUUAUCUGAGACUGACCAAGCAUAAAGGAGUGAAUCUAACAGAUAUCGGGCCAAACUACACGGAUGGCUUUAUACAAAUUACCUCGGAGCACAAGAGCAGCCUGGAGAAUAUGUGGCAAUUCAGGGGGAGCUGUGUCACAGGGAAGGUUAUCGCUUUGCAAUGUUUUGAGUGCGGGACACGAGCAAAGUUGCCCAGGAUAAUUGGGGGAGUCGAGGCAACGCUGGGCAGGUGGCCGUGGCAGGUCAGCCUCUACAACAGCAACCGUCACACCUGCGGAGGCUCCAUCAUCACCAGUCAAUGGGUAGUCACAGCUGCCCAUUGUGUGCACAACUACAGGCUGCCUCAGGUCUCCAGCUGGGUGGUCUAUGCCGGCAUUGUCACGCGCAGCUCGGCUAAAAUGGCUCAGCACACAGGGUACGCCGUGGAGAAGAUCAUCUACAACAAGAACUACAACCACAGGAGCCACGACAGUGACAUAGCCCUGAUGAAACUGCGGACGCCGCUGAAUUUCUCAGAUACAAUCAGGCCGGUCUGCUUGCCUCAGUACGACUAUGAUCUUCCAGGAGGUACGCAGUGCUGGAUAUCCGGAUGGGGAUACACACAACCUGACGGAGUUCACUCACCCGACACCCUAAAAGAGGCGCCAGUUCCCAUAAUUAGCACAAAGAAGUGUAACAGCUCCUGCAUGUACAAUGGAGAGAUCACGUCACGGAUGCUUUGUGCCGGAUACACAGAGGGAAAAGUGGAUGCAUGUCAGGGGGACAGCGGGGGCCCCCUGGUUUGCCAGCAUGAAAAUGUGUGGAGGCUGGUAGGGGUCGUCAGCUGGGGGACAGGAUGUGCUGAGCCCAACCAUCCGGGAGUUUACACCAAAGUGGCAGAAUUCUUGGGAUGGAUCUACAACAUGAUUGAGGAUUACUGAGGAGAGCUCCUGGUGCACAAAGGCUGCUGCUGAUAUUACUGUUUGACACACUGGGAAAAAAAUUACAGUUCACAUUUAUACUUUAAGUGUCUGUGACAUGAUGUACACGCAGAGACAGAGUGGACACAUCAACAUGCAUUUUUACGUUGUAUUUUUCAUGUACUAUAUAUAAAUUAAGCCUAUUACUCAACUGUGUAGUGUCUUUGAUAUGUUUUGAGCUGCAGUUCUCCCUUUGACCGCUAGGUGACAUCCCCAGAACACUUCCUGUAUACACCAUCUCGUCUCCAUAGCAACACACAACAUUAGCCAAGUGGUAGCUAGUUGUAGCUUGUUACAUGUUUGCUAAUGCUCUAUAAUAUUUAACUUCCAGCCACUUAUGUUUAUUUAUCUGUUUGUUUUCAUAUCUGGGCGCUAGCUAGCGGCUAAUUAGCGUUAGCGUGUGCUACCUCCACAGUGUUUGGAGAUUUAACAUCUACCUUUAAAAAUGGAGACAGCCAACUCAAAUCGUGGCAGCGGCAGCUCGUAGAGGCACUUCCGGUGGCAACAGAUACUGCCACUGAGUUGGAAAGGCAGUUGCCGCGAUUUGAGGCAGCUGUCAGAUGCCACAGCUGGUUGGAUGCAUCUGCCGCUGUUUGUGACUUAUUCAGGGAGAUUUGAACUCGUUUGUGAACAUUUACUUACUUGUUAUUG